GUGAGUUCAAUGCUACCGAGAGAGAGAGAAAGAGAGAGAUGGCACUGAGAGCAGCCAUACGUCGCCACGUACGAGUCCCAGUCAAAACCCUAACCCUAACCGGACGGAAAUCGCAGCCAUGGGGUCCGAACGGUGCUUCUCUCCGGUUCCUCUCAUCGCACGGUGACGAUCAUCUCUCCAAAGACGAGGUCAUCGAAAGAGUCCUCUCCGUCAUCAAGAGCUUCCCCAAAGUCGAUCCCUCUCAGGGUUGAGGAUUCUUGGACCAAACAACUUGUUGUAGGACCCUUGUUAGGAAUUGGCAGGCCCUUACAUUUUUCCAAGAAUGGAGUGCUUCUUGUUGGUGACGAUGGCACAGUAGUCUUGUAUAACAUUGGUUCUAAAGAAAUUAUGAAACUUCAAAUUCCAGAGUUUCCAAAUUCACUCAUCCCAAUACAAGCUAUGGUUUAUGUUGAGAGCCUAGUUUCACUCACAGGUGCCUGAGGCCCUGAGCUCCUAAUUAUUUACAUCAAAUAUAAUUUUUCAGUGAGUUAUGUGUGAUUUAGAGAUGAUAUCAUAUGGAUGAUGUAUUUGUUAAAUUUUAAUUCUAUAUUCCUCUUCAAUCUC